CCCUGGCAGUCGGCGGGCUGCGGAGGGGAGUUGGGGUGUCUGCACAGACAAUGAAAUCAAGAUACUUCUGUGUCCUUCUGCUUCUGUGAAAUCUGGGAGGGUGUUCUGCAGAACACAAGAUAUGGUGUCUGAGUGAGAUCCAUCUUGCCCAGGACUGGUUUCCUCUCUGCUGCCAGCAUGGCCACAUCCCUUAGAGCUGCGUGGUCCAGGUUCCUUUGGAUGCAUUCAGGGGCAACGUGUAAGCAGGUCCCGCUGCAGAGUGGAGCUGUGGAUCAUGCUUGCCAUAAAUCUACCUACUCUGUUCUCCCUGAAGACUAUAACUGCAAAGUGGAACUUGCAGUGACAUCAGAUUUGAAGACAAUUGUCUGCUACCACCCCUCGCUGGAGAUUCCAUACGAGCAUACAAAACCCAUACCAAGGCCAGAUCCAGUGGACAAUAAAGAGGAAACCCUUGAUCAAGUUUUGAAAGCCCGACUGAACACAGAUGAGCUGAAGAACAGCAAAGGUCCCACGAUUGAAGAGCUCAGCAAAAUGUUUUACACCACAAAGCAUCGCUGGUACCCCGUGGGGCAGUAUCACAGAAGACGCAGGAAUCCUAAUCCUCCUAAAGACCGCUAGUGAAGAGGACUUUUUGGUAUCAGCGCUUUGCUGUUUGUUCUGACUGGAAAUAAAAAUGACAGA